AUGACAUUUGUAAAUCUUCUUAAUGACGAAUUAGGUCCAAAUCUUACUGGAAAAUUAUUAUCACUUGAUUUUGAUCUUCCAGUAUCAUUUAUGAUUGGUGAAACAUCGGAUGAAAUUCUAACAAAAAUUCAACAAACAUUUAGUCGUAGGAUAUGUCGUAAAAUAAUUUGCAAUGAACAUUGUACAUUAUGUUCAUUGAAUCCAUCAACUUAUGCAAAAUUAACUUGGUUUGUUCAACGUUUACUUGUUAUGAAUCCAUUACGUAAACCUUUUAUUAAACAAAUUUCAUUACCAAAAUUAUCAAAUGAAGAUAUUUCAUGUAUGAAAGAGAAAAACGUUACAACUACUUACAAUUCGAUUGAAGAGAAUUCAUUAAAUGUUAAUAUUAACAAAAAGAAUAGAAAUAUAACGAAUCAAAAUUCAAAUUCUAAUUGUUCAGAUUGUGAAAAGCUAACAAUCAUUAUAUUAAUUAUGCUCUUUAUUAUUGGUUUUUUCGUUUUUCGUGCUAUUUUCAUUGUUUGA